GCCCAUGCUGCGUAAGUGCUUUGAAAUGCUGUAAUGGCAGAAGCGAGGUCUUCAGAUGCCAAAAGAUCCCGAAUAAGUUUGUCUCUCAGUAAAACUAAGAAAAAGAAAGGAACAAAAAAAGAUGUGGAAAUUAAAGCAACACAGUCUACGCCUUCAUCUUCCCCCUCCAUUGCUUCAUUUUUUAACAAUGUUCCCCCUGCCAAAAUCCCUUGCCCAAUGUGUGGGCAUAUGGUGCCAAGGUACAGAAUAAAUGAGCACCUAGACGAAAUGUGUCAAGGGAAGCCUGGCAAGGUGGGUGUCACUGAAGUGACUUACAGCACUUUUAUGAAUGAGAGUCCCUCGGCUGCAAGUACGAACGGUAAUUCCAGCUCAUAUUUUUCAAAAAACAGGUCAAAUCUAGAAACAAGCUCUUCCAGAAACUGUUUGUUGAAAACAGAGCCAAGUGCAGUAGAACAGGUCAGUCAUUAUUUUAGCAAUAAUAAUUCAGCCUGUGAUGUUCGCCAUGAGUCCGGGGCUCAAACGGUCAAAGUCAUCCCUUUGGGAAGCUUGUCGUCCAAGCUGUCCAGAAGACGUCGUAUCCAGGAAGGAAAAAAACAGGUAGUGUAUAAAGAGAUGGACUCGUCGACUCAAGCUUUUCCCGAUAUAUGCAAAAGCCCUGCAGCACAGGAUGAUGAAGAGAUUUGUACUGGGCAUAGUUCUCAGAAAGAAAAUGAGCUUGUUCAGGGAGAGGAGCAAAGUUCUUUAAGAAAGAAAAUGGGACUUCACGAAGAAAUAAACGGAUGUCAUGGAGAAGAGCUUGUGGAUAUUGUUCAGGUAUCACUACCAGCCGAUACUACUCAUGGCAAAAGACUAGUGUUUGGUACAAGGAGCACCAAAACAGAAAGUGCAUGUGAAGGUGUGAUGCUUAACUCUAAUAAAUUUGAGACACGUCCAGCCAUUUAUACUGCAGUAGAGCUGACUGAUGGUUUGGAAGUGAGAACUCAGUCUCACACUUGGGGUACUCCUCCUGCUAGGGCAGAAGUGGGCUGUGAUAGACAAAGCUGCUCUGAAGAGGGUGAUGUAGAGGUACUUCCUGUGGAAGUUCUUGAAGACUUUCAGCGUGAAUUUAAUCACUCUUUGCCAGAAACUGUGGAAAAGGUCGAAGUUCAAAAUUCUACUAGGGACAUUUUAGAGAAAAUAAAUGGUGAUAUUAGGUCUGUGCUCCGCUCCCCUGGUCACCCAUAUUACCUCCAGAAUUUCUUAAUGGUGCUGCAAGCAGUCCUGCAGAAUGAAGAUGAUGUGAGACUCUUUAAUGAUCAAGACAUAGACAUUAUUGCCAAGUUCUGCCAAUUAUCAGUUGGUGGGCAGAAGUUAUAUGUGAGACUUUUUCAACGCAAACUGAACUGGAUAAAAGUCAGCAAAAUAGAGUAUGGAGAGAUAAGCGUGGAUUUAUUACCAGUAAUUGAAGAACUGGUUAAAAAUAGCUUUCUGCAAACAGAAUCUGAAUUGGAAGACCUGUGUGAAGGGUUGGAUUUGCUUUCAGCCCCUGAGCUGAAAACAUUAGCAAAGAUCUUUCACUUACCUAACCCAAAUGGUCAGAAACAACAACUUGUGGAUGAUAUUGGAACAGUAAUUUUGAAAAGGGCAAAGGACGUAGCUGGAAAAUCUGUUAGGGUCUGUAAAGGCCCUCGGGCUGUUUUUUCUCGAGUGCUGCUGCUAUUUUCACUGACUGAGUCAAUGGAGGACGAAGAAGCUGGUAGUGGUGGACAAGGCCAGCUCUCCACAGUGCUCAUGGUGAACAUGGGCCGUAUGGUAUUCCCCAGUUACACUGUAAAUAGGAAAACAGAAAUCUUCCAGGACAGAGAAGAUCUUAUCAGGUAUGCAACUGCUGCUCACUUGUCAAAUGAUAUAGCUACUGCAAUGGCAAAUGGGAACUGGGAAGAAGCUAAUCGUCUCUAUAUGUGUGCUAAAGAAACCUGGAAUGAACUGAAAAAUCUGCCCUCUUUGAGCUAUCACAGAGCUCUACCCGAGUAUCUGAGGCAUUUCACUGUUGGCUGGGUGUAUACAAGAAUCCUCUCACAAGGUGUUGAAAUUUUGCAGAGACUUCACAUGUAUAAGGAAGCCGUGCGGGAGCUGCAGGAGCUCUUGGCCCAGCACGUGUAUUGUGCUGACAGCAGAGGGCGGUGGUGGGACCGCCUGGCUCUGAACUUGCAUCAGCACCUGAAGAACACCAAGAAGGCCAUCGAGUGCAUCAGAAAAGGGCUUGCAGACCCGUGCGUCCGUACGGGGCAUCGUCUCGCGCUCUACCAGCGGGCCCUGCGCAUCAGAGACUCACCCAGCUGUAAACAGUUCAGGGGCCUGUGUCAGGAUCUACCAGUCGUAACUGUGGAAGAUGUGACGCAUGUUACAAUCAAAGGGAAGAUGUGUCCUCAAACAGGACUGGGAAAAUCCGUGUUUCUAAUGGAGGAUACUGUCAGCGAGGAAGGAAGUGAAGACCUGGGUGUAUCCACAGUCAUGUGCUCUGUGGAGGAACUGGCCUUGACUCAUUACAGGCAGAGUGGUUUUGAUCAGGGGAUUCACGGAGAAGGUUCAACGUUUAUUACACUGUAUGGACUUCUAAUGUGGGAUAUCAUAUUCAUGGAUGACAUACCUGAUGUUUUCAGAAAUUGCUAUCAGACGUUCCCCCUGGAUUUGUACACUGACAGCUUCUACGAGAACCGGAGGGACGCCAUCGAGGCCAGGCUCCAGCAGCUUCAUUCCGCCUCCUCCGCAGCGCUGGCAGAGCUGGUCGCUGACAUCUGGAGCACCCAGGAGGGAAAAGCAGCAGCGCUCGUUACCUGGGGGCGUUUCGUUUCCCUCCAGCAGGCUCAGAGCCUUGUCUCCUGCCUGGGAGGAAUGUUCCUGAGUGGUGUUUUCAGGCGACUUUCUAAGGAUUUACGGCACUGCAGAGGGGGGCUUCCUGACCUGGUUGUGUGGAGCACUCACAGCAAUCACUUCAAGCUGGUGGAAGUGAAAGGUCCCAACGACCGCCUGUCCUGCAAGCAGAUCAUCUGGCUGAGCGAGCUGCAGAAGCUGGGGGCCACAGUGGAAGUUUGUCACGUGCAAGCGGUCGGAGCCAAGAGCCAACGCCUCAGCUGA